UCGAUGUACGUGGACACGUUUCCAGCACCGGGUAGAAUUUCGGCGACAAGUGGCCACCUCCAAUGUGUUUUGUGUUUGAUUGGGUGAAAUGAAUGAGAGAAAAAAUAACUUCCUGUGAGAGAGCCUUAUGAGCACAGCAGCAUAAGCAGAGGAGCGUUGAUCGCCGCUUGAGUUCGAGGAAAAUCCAAGUGAUCACAUUGGUUCAGAGCUUAUCUGUCACUGAUAAAUGGAAAGUGGAAAUUAGUGAGGCAAUUCAGGAUUUCAACCGUUGAUGAUUUCAAUGUGGUGUGCACAGUUUGUGGGCGAUCAAAAAUUUUAAUUGAAGCUAUUGUGAUUCGUCAAUGUUGCAGUGACGAAGAUCGCAUGCUGAAAGAUAUAUUAUCCUGUAUUCGUGUUAUUCAAUUUGAAUCAAUAGAAAAAGUUAUAUAUUACAAAGGCGGCAAAUUUCAUGUUCAUUAUAUGGUACCACCUAGUGUUAGAAGUGUUCAAAUCUCGUGCAAAUACACAUAAAUUGUCGGGUGACCGGAAUAAAUCGCCACAGUAAACAACUGCAACAGAAACAACCGCUUAGAAAAAGUGUAGUAGGCUAGAAAUAUUUGGCGCGGGAAAAACAUCAUGUGCCUCACAUUUCUAUUAUAAAUUUAUUCUCUUGUUCUCGUUUUUCGAAAUUUAUUCUGAGGACAAUGUAAUGGGGACGAAGUCCCCAUUUGGCGAGGAUAAGGAAUCGAGGCGGCCCAUGCCGCCAAGAUGACGCAAUCCGAGUCCACCGCCGACCCGCCGUCGGAAGCGGCGGUGUCUCGCACGCAAACCUGGGAUCCACUGAUUGCCCGGUUAGUUUGAAACAUAGGAUACGAUCCUUUAGCAAUGUCCGACCGAGCUCUAGCGAGCGUCGGACGGUAUACGUCUGCCCGGGGCGUUACGUUUGCCUGGGGCGAUACGUUUGCCCGGUUAAUUCUUGUUUUGAAAUACAAUACCGCGCCACAAUAUUUAUAGCCUACUACACAUUUUAUAAGCGGUGGUUUCUGUUGCAGUCGUUUUCUGUGGCGAUUUAUUCCGGGAACCAAAUUGUCGAUACGUUGCCAACCGGGGAAACAUAGCAAUGAAAAGUGAAGUAAAUCAUUCUACUAUAAUCAACGAAUUGAAAAAUAUCGAAAAAUAACAAAAGGCUCUGCCGUGGCUGAAAAGCGAUAAUUAGUGAGCAUGAAAAUGUGCAAAACGGGGGUGGAAACGGAGUGCUAGUGAAACGGCCACACAGAGUGAGGAGAAAAAUUUUACGGAGUACAACUGGCGCAAAAAGAAGAAAACAGAAAAAAACUUAAACCAGCUGGAUUAAAACAAAGGAGCAUCGAAUAAAUCACUCGUUUGCAACGGCAGCCAACGCGCUGGCGAAGGAAUAAAAAGACAAAAAAACCCAUGCAAUGAAUCGAGUAAUGUUUAUGUUCCGGCUUGAAAAUAACUGAAGAAGACCACGAUCGAGAGCAGCUCAUUAGCGACGUGAAAACAUAUGUUUGUCGGAAGCACGGUACAAUCACGUUGUAACAUGGUGAUCUGAUGCUACCCAAAAACGGUGUUAGUGUGAUGAUUUGCAGAGGAUAAAUUUGCGAUGUGAGUGAUAAGUGCGAUGGAGUGAAAAGCAUAUGUACAUAGCUUGAAAAUCGUUGGAAAACGCGCGAAACACGUGAAUUGAAUUCGCCAAAUUAAUCAUAUUACGAAUUCAGCAUUAUAUGAAUUCUCUACGCUUGUUUUUAAAAUUUUACUCCAUAUUUGGGGCAUAAUCGCAGCACGUGGUGUGUAGUGCAAAGGAUAUCAAUUUACGGCUAGCGCUCAGCAACAACACAGCAUAUCCACCAGGAAUUGCGAAUCAUACACACCCACCCGCGCUCUAUGUGCUGCGAGGAUAAUUUAAAUAGAGUAUGAGUAUGAGUGUCACAACUUUUUGAGCCGUAACAACGAGAGCACCGAAACACCCUCUCGCUCAAAUUCCUGCAUAAACCAUCCACGCGGUGGAAAAUGCUGCGCAUCAACACGAAUUUAUAGUGAUGUGAGGCAUUAAAAAGGGAACGUGAUGCUAAUUGAAUUCAUUGAAACUAAUUAUACAUAAAUAAUGACAAGUGACAUAAAUGGAGGAAUUUUGCAGCGUUGAACCGCAAUUUGGUGAGGCGUUAGUGUGAUCCGAUCGGCGGAAGUGUUCGGAUGGAUUUCGACAGACACUUUCUCUUCUAAGAGUGUUGUUGAGCGAGCAGCAUUACAGUGUUACUGAUUUAUAGCUCAAUAAAUCCUGCUGGAAGCACCAUGGGCAAAAUGAGUUGUGGAAAUUUGAUAGCAUUUUUGGCCGUGUCAUUUUUAGUGAAAGGUUCCGUCGGUCUUCAGCGUUUUGCCGAGCAACCCAAAUACACCGAGGUGAAUCCUGGACAAGACGCUUUGCUGGUGUGCAAAGUGAUUGAUAAACGGGGCGUUUGCUCGUGGCAAAAGGACAACAAACCGGUGGGAAUCUACCCGAAAAAAUAUGAAUGGGCCAGCCAGUACGGAAUUGGCCAGACGGCACACGUGGGUGGCGAUUGUUCACUCUGGGUACGUGCUGCUCAGCUGGAAUUUGACGAUGGUCUGUGGGAGUGUCAGGUGACGGCGAGUGACUUCACCACGCAGGAUGCCCUCACCAGCCAACCGGUGAGAUUAGUGGUAAGAGUUCCGCCACAACGACCCAGAUUAGAACACGAAGGCGUCCAUGUUCCUCCCGGACACAACGUCACCGUAGACUCCGGUGCGAUGGCUACCGUAAAAUGUGUCUCGCACUACGGAAACCCUCCAGCGCAGUUGAAGUGGUUUCUAGGGGAUCACGAGCUGUCGGCGUUGCAUCCGCAAAUAAAUUCAACAGAGCCAGACAAUCCACGAACGUGGUCGGCAGCAUCCGUCGUGCAGAUACCGGCAAACAAAGAUCGACACGGCGUGAUUCUCAAGUGUUUGGCGAUCCACGAAUCAUACGCGGCCCGCUCGGUAGCUGUCGAAGCGAGAUUAGAUGUUAGGUAUGCACCUACGAUAAGAUUGCUUGGAGCUCCUCAAAUCGAUUUGGAGGAGGGAAAGGACUCACUUAUCCUCAGAUGCAUAGCCGAUGCAAAUCCUACCGCCAGCAUUGUGUGGCGUCGAGCGGGCCGCUCAGAAAUAGCUAGUCUACAAGAAGCUUUACAAUUGAGACCUGUGGGCCGACGGGACGCCGGCUUGUACACCUGUCAGGCACAAAACUCGGUCGGCACUUCGGAAGCACUAUCAGUUCAACUGGAUGUGAAAUAUGCACCGAAGAUACUAUCAGCGGGCCCAGAUCGAUUAACAACAGCACCGCUAUUUAGUCCGGCCGCGUUCGAAUGUGUAGCGGAAGGAAACCCUCCACCCACAUACAAAUGGGUGCAAAGGGUUUCUACACAGGGAAAACCUUUCCUCGACCGAGGACGAGAAUCAAGACUGGUAAUAGAUAACGUAACAUACGACUAUCAGGGCGAAUAUGAAUGCAGGGCGACAAACUUCAUCAACGGACAGGAACGAACGGCCACUUCCGAUCCAAUCGCACUACAAGUGGUGGGUGCCCCCCAGGUGCUCCGUACAACAUCCACAGCCGCCGGUCAUUCUAUUUCGGUGCGGAAGGGAGAUUCCGCCACACUUUCGCUUAUUGUGUGUGCGGAUCCGAGACCGCGCCAUGUUGCGUGGGAGUGGGGCUCGUUACGGUUGGAAGCGGGUUCAGGCAUAGGCCGCUACCGGGUGGAUGAUGUUACCCAGGACAGCCGAGAGGAUUGUUACUUAGCAACGUUGCAUAUCGACGAUGCUGACUUGCAGGAUCAGCGCCCGUACUAUCUGGUGGUCGAAAACGAACGUGGUACCGACCGCCAUGCCGUAAAUCUCCGCGUGGAGGGGAUGUUCUCAGUGGAGCCAUUGGAAUUGAGUUACCUGCUCGGAAUCGCCGGAGGAUGUCUAGCAGCUUUCCUAAUCCUUAUUUGCCUGUGUAUUUAUGCUAUUCGGACGAAAAUGUGCUGUUUCCGAAAUCGAAACAACUAUAAGACGUCAGAAAAGGAUAGCGAAAAAACAGAUCUGAAAUCACGAUCCGACAGCACGAGCGUUCCGGCGCUCGAUUCCAUCUAUACGACCCCGACUGGAUUUCAUCACCACCAGAACGGAACUCCCGGCUCGCCGGAAGCAAUGAAGACGAUGCCCGUUCUUCGGACAUUUGGCAAUCAUGUAGCCUAGCGGGAACGAAACUUGCCAGUCACGAGUGGUCGUAGUAGCAAUGAUAGUAGUAAUCAUCGCGAUAUCUACUAUUAUCACCAUCAACACGACCGUCACUUCCAACACAGUCUAGAUAGUGAACACAAACACAAACACAAUCACUAUGCCACCUAUCACUAUUCCUCAAAAUCUGGGAGCCUCAAACAGUCGAAAAAACCCAAUAGCAAGCACGAAAGCCGUAAUGAGUACGAAUCGGCCCAGUACUACUACAAUCAUACGAAACCCAACCACAAAAGCAGAAAAUUGAGCUGCGAACUAUCGCCUGCUGAAAUGCAAAACAUACAAAAUUAUGAGAUAAAAAAGCAUAACAAAAGUAAAUCACAGUCACAAAUGCUGCUUCUGCAAACACCACCGCCACCGUUACCACAAACCGACUCUAUCCCUUCCAACACAUCCUCCUCCACUUCCUCAACACUGCAAGCGCCAGCGGAUAUAGUAAAUCCUUCGCCACCUCCUCUGCCACCACUGCUAGCCACAACAAAUGCAAAUAAAUCACUCCAACCACAACCGCAACAAGCCAAAAAACACAGUCAAAAACAGCAGCAACAACUUCAACCACCAUUAAAUAACACUGCUUUCAGUAAUAACACCACCAGCAACGGAAAAAAUAAAAAUAGUUAGCUUCAGAAUAAGCAUCAGCAGUCCUGUAGCAGUAGUAGAUGAAGCAGAAUACUGAGAAUGUUUUGUGGAUAGAAAAAAAACGUGUUUUGAUCGCAACAUUUUGCUAUAAUUUAAACAUAACCAAUUAACAGGAAAGAAAAGCGAGCAACUGAAGCACAAUUUCCUUCUCAAGUGAUUGUGAAAAAAUCAUGAAUGUUAAAGUACGUGUAACAUUUCAUAUUUAUACUACUUCCAUUUGAUACCCACAUGUCAGAAACAUAGACAAACAUCCAUGGUUAAUCAACGCAAUCAGUAUAGGAAGAAUGCAAAGGUCACAUUCAAUCGAAUUUGAGUGAAACUUUAUUUGUUUAUCUUUUAGUUUACCUCAGAAAUUAACAUAGUGUGUGCAAUAUGUUCCCCUGAACCCCUCUUUUGCACCACAAAUACAGUUCCUAAGGUCAUUUUAAUUUUUUUUGUUAUUACAAUAGAAACGCAUGGCACGCGAAAACCUCGGCACCAAUCGCUGCGGAUAUUUUACUAGGGUCAGCUCCAUUAAAGUACAAACUGGAAAUUCUUAUAAUAAUUUUAAAAUAUUACUAUAAUAUGAACAUUUCUAAAUGAAGCCUGAUAGAACAAUUAUUUUGCGUGACCCACAUCAAUUUGAAUGAAUCUUUCUUCAUCUUCGAUGCAGGAGAUAAGGUUUUCUCCACAGGUAAAUGACCAUUAUAUCUCAAAACUAAUUUCUUGAAAGAACAUAUGUGUAUUUCAGAAAUGUUUAUAACUCGAAAACGGUUGAUUACAGCGGAAUGGCACAUGUGGAAAAGUACGAGAGAAUCAUUUGGACUUCAAAUAGACACGGAUUUGUUUUUUACCUUUUUUCAAAAUAUGAAUCCAAUUAAAUUCAAAACUGAAGUUUCCUCAACGUACAAUUUUUCCUCAUUAUUUUCUGAAAAUACAUGAAAUAUUUUUCCUCAAAUACUGAAAGGUGUUAUAAUUCAGCAAGGAAUAUUUUUCAAAACCUCAGUUUUUUUCAAUUUAGUUUUUUGUAUGAAUAUUCUUCGAAACAUUUCGAAUAAAAAUGUUCAUUACGACCACCUUUCUAAGUCUAACAUUUUCAAAUAUAUUUAGAACACAUUUUUUUACGAUAAUUUAAAUAAACAGAGACGCCUUUGUCAACGUCUCUACCUUCAGGAUUUUUUUUUUACAAUGUACAUAACAUUUCUUAAAAUUUACAUUUACAUUGCUUGGACAAUAGAAUGAAAGUGCACCAACAUCGAUUCUGCUAUUAGUUUCAUUAACAUAGUUGAUGUAUAGUAUUACAAUUUUCAAGAUUUGACUUCGUUUGUUUGGUCUUAUGUUUAACAGCGGAGGUCUCAUUAGUUCCUCGAAUGACAGUCGUUGCCAUCCGUCGAGUAUUUCUGUUAUUCUCAGUUGUAUGUAUGCCCAGGCAGGUGCUACGCGAGGGCAGUCACUAAAUUUAUGUUGCAGCGUUUCUAUCGCAGCAUUACAGUGUAGGCAGUGUUCGCCAUCCGCUCGCUGGAUUAUUCUCAUUAAUUUUCUAUGCUCUAUCUUCUCAUUGACGAAUAAAUAUAAACUACUUCGCUGACUCGACGAUAGUUGUUUCGUUGCAAUAUUUUUCCAAAUUCUCUUCCAAUCUGUGCCCGGAUUUCUCCGUUCAACACGAGGUGCUUCGGUUCUCUCCAAGAGUAUACGAUGUAUUUGAUCACUGGAUGGACUUGCUCUAACAAGUGGGGGGAGAAGGGGGAUUUGUUGGAAUAUUAUCUUGAGGCAGGGAAGGUCUGCAUGGGGAGAAAUAGCUUGGUUCAGGAGGGAUCGGUAGUAGGAAAGGGAUCCAAUUGCCUGCAUGUGACGAUUCAAUGGCAGCGCUCUACAUUCAAAGGCUGGUAACUGCUGUUUUAGUCCACCAGAUUCGGUGUCACGCGCCAGUUGCUCCAUUGGGACUCGCGCCGGUAGUCCACGCCACAGGAAUGAUCCCAUGAUCGACGUUAUUUUCGCCGUGUGAACGCAAUACGGCGUAAGAAUUGAUGCCACAUACCAAAUCUUCGCCGUGAUGAAGGUGUUUAAUGCAAUUAUCUUCUGUUGUAGGUUGAGAUUUCUUAAUGAGUGCAGCUCUAGUUUCGUCAGAAAAGGGUGGAGAUAGAUGAUGAAAAGUAGCAUAGACAUCGGGUCCCCUUGCCGUACGGAGCGUUUGAUCUGGAAGCGCUGCGAGAGGUGCCCAUUUAUCAGCAGUCGAGAGAAAGAUUGUUCGGCGAUUCGUGCCAGCAGGUCAACGAAGCCUGGAUUUAUUCCCAGCUGUCGCAUAGUUCGAUGAAGGAAGGAAAGAGAUACACGAUCGAAAGCAUGAUCCAGAUCGUAGCUUAUCAGCUUCCCUUUUACCUUAUUCGCUUUCAACUGAGCAAUUUUGUCAUUCAGAGAAAGAGUGGCUUCGAAAAUUGAGCGCCUUUCGUUGGAACACUUUUGCGCAUCGCUCAGUACCCGAUGGGUACGUACUGGCAGUACGGGCAGUUAGAUCUAUCCGGAACUUUCUCGAUGCUGAAUGGCAUCCAAACGGAAAGAAUUCCACGCGUGUAUGUGUCGAUCCUUCGCCGUCCACCUCGUCCAGCACGUUAGGCAACGAUGUUGUCUUGUCGAUGUCCCCACGAAAAAUGAAUGCGUCUCACCACCAGAAUAUCGCCUAAGUAUGUUUUUUGUGUGUGAUUGAAUCGAGAGAAGGUGUGGUUUACGAUGGCAAUUUGGAAGGCAAACUAGAGGGGAAUGAACUCUCUGAGCUCGAAACUUUCGGCGACUGAGCAAUAAUCGAUUGCGUGCGCAUACAAUAUUGGAUACGGAAAUAUCCUACUGAUGGGGAAGAAUAAUCUUCAGAAGCUUUCCUGCUAAUUACACAUAGUUGAAAAAUUACAAAAUCAAAUGUAUAUGGUCGCUGUGUUAUAUGGUUAGUAAACCUUAAAAUUAACUCUUUCACAUGAAUGUAUUUUUAAAUCCCCAGAGGAACUGGCAGAUUAUUUUCCAGAAAUGAUUAGAUCUUUCCGGAACUUUCUCGAUGCUGAAUGGCAUCCAAACGGAAAGAAUUCCGCGCGUGUAUAUGUGUGUGUAGCGAUGUCUUCCCGGGGAACCGUUUGUGGCAUCACUCUCCUCCUGAUGGAUUCCCUUUUGGCCUAAGGUGCACAAACAGGCUCUUGGUGACACCGUUCAUCCGCGCUUUCAUGAUAAACACGAAGAGCUUCACCACAACAGCGACAACAUGCUCCAAUCGCUGUUCAAUUAGAACUGAGUGGAUUUUCCGAGCGGCGCUCGCUUAUAUACCGAUUGGUGAUUUCAAUAGCCUGUUUUGAGAACAAUUUUAAGGCUAUUGAAACAAGUUUUUGGAUCAAAAAGUAACAAGUAUAUAAAGCGUAGACAUUUUAUCUUUCGAAUGAAGUGUUUAUUAUACCAUUUCGUUCAGUUGUUUAAGAGCUAUUAACGCUCAAAAUCUCGGUCUCCGGUGUAACGAUUUCGGUUUCGAAACUUUGAUUUUACACCCCGGUAUAGAAAUGAAAGACGUAGUCCUACGUCAAAAUUCUCGUUCGGCACGCAUUGCGGUGCCAGACGGUGCGUAGAUAUUGGCUAAUGUCGUGUUUUCAACCCGAAGAGCAAUAAGUCUUCCGUUCAAACUUUUCUCCGUGUGAGAGAAGCGUAUAUACUCCUUCAACGCUAUCACCGUCCCUCUCCUUGACUCAUCGACGUUUGUGACGACGUUGUGACCAGGGAUGGAGAGCUGCUCGUUCUCCACCUCUUGAAGAAAGACGAUGUCGAGAUCCAUCGUUCUGCAGAAGGUUCGGAGCGCAUUUAGCUUUGUUUCGUUGGUGAUCGUGUUGAUGUUUAUAGUGGCAUUGCUUGUUGUUUUGCUCCCUUUCGUCGUCGCUGUCUUCUCGUCGUCUCCUGCAUUGGCGGUGUGCUCUUGAGCGUUUCGCCGAUUCGUCUGUCUCGUUGGCAGUCUUCGGAAUUGAACGCAGUUCUGAUGUGCAACACUUUUUUUGCACCCAGUUGAACUCUCUCUCCAUGCGCACACCUGCGCCCGGACGAAUCAACGCACACCGAAACAAAGUUCAAAUGUUCUGUUGUCAACACGGUUCGCUUUUGAGUUCGAACAUCCUCACUGCACCGUAUCCAUACACCGGCUUAUAUUCCCAAUUUUAAACCCAGCUCGAAUCUAGUCUUUCUGCGUUGCUUUCUCUGUUGAUGCGGAUUGUAUGAGGGUGCGCUGUUGCUAAGCUUAGAACAAGCGAAAACAAAACGGGCGCUAGAAUUUUAUGUGUGUGUGGGUAUAGAAUGAGGGGGAAUUUAGUAUGUGAAUUCUGCACCGUGCUGAUUUUGGGCUCAUUUGUUUUGAGUUCGGUGCGCUUCGUGCCAAGAAUGAAGUUUGUUUUCAGCGCACGCUGAUGAAAAUUUAAUUCGAGCGCAACACAGCGUAGGUUUUCUGAAGUCUGCUCGUUGCCAUCGGAUUUUCCACUAGCAGGUCCGUCGAUCACUUCGCCACUAGCAGGAGGUUGUUGACCAGAUGUGCUGGGCAACGACCUGCUAUCCGAUGGUUGAUUCGAACCCGAUAUGGGUAUGAUAGGUAUAGUGAGCGGUGGAGAUUGUGUUUCCGAUUGCGUAUCGAUUGGUACGGACAUCGGCAGCUGUUUUUGCUGCUGCUUCUGCUUCUUCGGCGGCGGAUGCCGCAAUACAGACGUAGGUUGACUCGGUAUCGUUGUUUUUUGGACAUGCGGUUUCGCAGUUGGCUUAGCAUUCAAAGCCGCUGGCUGCUUCGUAGCAUCAGCGUAUGAUUUUUGCACGAGCAGCUUCUUGUUCUGAACGCAUGACACUCCGACAUGGAUGAAUUCACGACAAUGUCAGCAUGUUUGACGUUGGCCAAAAUAAGAUAGCAGCGUUAACUCGCCUUCGAUGACAACCCAUGAUUCUAUGUUGUGUUUCACGAUCAUUUUCACAACUCGGACACCAGUGCAGAUACCCGGAAAAAAGAACUGCUGAUCAUUUCCGUAUACCUGCUCUCGCACUGAGAUGACGUCACCGUAUGUGGAGAGAAAUUUAGUGAUGGCAUCAUCCGACACGUCUUCAGACAAAUCGAAUAAUUUGACCUCCACUGCACCAUCCUCCAUCGUUAUUCGUAGGAGAAUCUUCACUCCUCCUUCCACUGUCACCUCGUGUUUUCCGUCCUGUUCAUCGCAAACUUUUUGUGCCAGCGCCAGAUCGACUACCUUCACGAAGGCACAUCCGAGACUUCGGCUACAUUGGAUUCUCGUCACUUCACCUGGUUUCAAGCCCAGAAUAGUUCCUAUGAAGUUCUGUACUUUCGUGUAGUCCGGCUUGCGCGGCAUCAUCGCAUAAUCUAUGCGGAAUGUAUUUUCGCGGUGUACCAUCACUGAGCCGUAGUAUGCGGGAACACACAACUGCUCGGCGACGAAAAUAACGCGGCGAAACGAUUUAAAAGUUAGCUUGUAUAGACUUCCUGAUUUAGCUUAAGCGAAAACGCGUCUGCUUGGCUCGGAAGAUGAGCGCUAACUGAACUGUUUCACUCAUUGAUGGUUUUUUUUUAACUCACCUUUUAUUUAAGUUACAAAAACACGAACCUUAAAAUUGAACAUCACAAGCUUGGUGGAUACAUAAUAGAAUUAAAACAGUUUUCUAAUUUUUCACCCUUUUAUACAUUUUCAAUCACAGGGCGGACUCGAAUACUGUCUCCGAUUUCGUUUCCCUGUAUAUAAUCGAGUAAUUUCUUUUUAUUUGUAUUUUAUUCAUAUAUUUUUUUUGUGUUUUGAAAAUAAAAGAGGAAUUUAAUUUUUGAUUCAGCCCCUUAAAGUCGGGAAUCACCUUUCUCACAUAAAAGAUCCGAAUUCUUUCAAGAGGUGAUAGAGGGUCAUAUUCGAUGAAAAAAUCCAACAAAUUCCAAGUCUAAUAUUUUCGGAGAUAUUUUGGAAAUAUUUCUUUGUCGGCAAUUUAAAUAAAUAGAGACGCCUAUUUAGCUUCUAGUUAGUUGAACAUAAAAUAAUUAAUGGCUCUUUUUCUGCUCUUAAAAUUCAUGUUUUAUUUAUUGCAACCAAACCCAUGUAUUCAUUGCAACCGCAAACAAUACGAUUUUUUUGUCAACAAACCAUGAGUAUUGAGCGGACAUUCGUUUAACCGAACAUCCGAAUUUAAAAACAAAACAAAUUAAAAACAAAUGGUGUACUAGAAAUUACAAGUCCAAUCCAUUGUUGCUGUUUAGUAUGACAUUUCGAAUCACUCCAAUAAUUCAAUUCAGCAACAAUUCAAACAGGUUUUUAAGUGUUGCGGUCAGUCUUUGCUAACGGCCACCAACAUAGACCUAUUUGUGGAUGUGCUAUACCAUUAAUAAACAUCAUAAACUAACCUUUCAAUCGACAUCCGAAUUUGAAAAUGUGGUAUCGUCACGUCGUCAUUUGCUCGUUUUAUUCGUUUGACGCUCAUCGUUCUGUAAUCAAACAACACAGGGAGCGUUCAUCGCUUAGAACACUCAUUCGAUACUUUUGUAAUUGGUAGAGGAGAAUUUGACGUUUGCUUUGAUAUGAGCAAAUCGUGUAAGUACCGUCAGAUGAUUAUUAAUUAACUCUGAAAAUUAUUUUGCUGAUCGAGCCAAACAGGGACUAUUUCACCAAAUAGUAUGGUCAAAUGGUAAUUUUCUGUGUGACAUCAUUAUUGAACGAAGGGUAGAUUAGUUUACAACUCUGAAGAUUUGUGCUGAUUAGACUUGUUUGAUUAGCUACUAAUUUGUUGAGGUAUUAUGCAGGCAUUGUUUUUUGUAAACUGAUCGUCAAUAGUUAAAUUCGUAUUUGACUAAAGAAUCCCUUCAUACUAUUGAAGAAUUAACAUUUCCAUCAUUGAUAAUCAAAUGACAUUCUAACUAAAAUUAAAUGGACCGGAAUGAAAGGAAUGGAAAAAAGAAAAUAGCAUAUUAUGACCCCUCUUCUAUGUACGUUCGAUAGAAAAAAAAAAAAAACAUAAACAUUUAAUUGAUGAUCGUGUUCGCGACUGUAUGAUUUUUUUUUGUGUACCAUCUACAGCCGAUGUUCCGUUUCAUAUUCCGAACACUUAAACUUUGAUGUCCAUUAAACAGUGUCUCAUUACUCAAAAUGGUACUCUUUCGCGAAAUUAAUUUGAUUUUUGAAUUCAAUAGAUCCUUCUUUUUAAUUUGACUACAAUGAAAUUGAUUCAUGGUGAAAAACUAAAAAUAUGUUUAAUCACUUUUAUCUCAAAUUCCGAACACCAUUUUUGUCACUAACUCAUAUUCCGAACACUUUUGUCUCAAAUUGCGAACAGCAAAAAUGCAUUUUUUUAAAUCAUUCCUUUUAAACUACUGGACUGAUUCAUAUGAUCGAUAUAUCAAAUUACAGUCAAUUAUCUUUUUCGAAAAAUAUUAUGCUCGCAAAAAAACUGUAUUUUGAUUUAGUGAUUAUUGAUUGUAUUUGUUUCUUAUAGUUUGCAUGGUUUCGGAACCAAGGGCGCUAUAAUGGUAUCGAUACCUGUAAAUGAUGUUAAAAUGAAAGUAUAUAACCCAAAGAAUGUCAGGGUUUUGAAUAUUAAAUAAUUUAUGACAUUAAAGUUCAGUAAAUUCACAUUUUAAAAUUAUGUGUUCGCAAUUUGAAUCAUGCGUAGAAACUUGAUUCAUAUUCCGAACACGAAUUUUAGUGAAAAAUGCAUAAAAUAUAAUUUUAUUUCAUUGUAGAUUUUUACCAUUUGUAGCACCCAACAUGGAAACAACAAACAAAAUAGUUUAAACAAUUACAAAAACUGAAAAAUGAACGAUGGUUGUUUUUUACGGAAUUUGCUAACGCAAACAUUUUUUCAUUGGUUUCGAUUGUCACUUUUUUGCAAAUGUUUAAUAUUAUAAAUUAUAGGCUGUAUCGAUACCUGUAAAUGAUGUCAAAAUGAAGCCUAUGCCUCAAAGAAUGUCUGUGUUUCCAUUAUCCAAUUAUUUAUCGCAAUUUAUCGGUGUUAAGAAUUUGAGACUGUUCGAAAUAUGAGACAAAACGGUAAUUCAUUAAUGCAAUACCGUUUCAUACAAGUGCACUGUGUGAACGUCACCAAAAAAUGUCGACUGUUUCCAAAAUUUGUUACCAUGUACAUUUCGCCCCCACACACCCGGAUUACUAUCUUAUGAUUGAGAAGGAUAUCAAUCCAAAGAACGAUAGCGUAAAUCAACCCAGCCAAGGUAACCCAGAGGUUCUCUAUAGGAUUUUAAUCAGGGCUGCAAGCUUGCCUUCCUAAAAGUGGGAUAUAAAGGGUGUGUCACAUCAAAUUGCAUCACGGAAAAAACGCUGUAGAAAUUUAAUUUUUAGGAAUUAUAUCUUCAGCUUUCGCUUAUAAUCAGAUAAGAGUGUAUAGAUCACGUUGGCCAUGCUUCACUGUCAAUUUUUCGUAAAUUUGGAAAAAUGUCGUCGAACGAAAAAGAGCGUCGUGAAUUAAUCCUGUGCACUCAUUUCGAGAAUCCGGAGUUGUCACAUCGGGACAUCGGUAAGAUGCUGGGAAUCGUCCAAUCCACGGUCAGCAGAGUACUAAAACGAUACUUCGAGAACCUAACCAUCGACCGGAAGGUGAAGAACAACAAAAAUGGAUGCUCCGUCAGUGAAAAAGAUCACAAGUAGUGAAGCAGUUUAGACGUGAUCCGAGAAGUUCGGUCCAAGAUGUCGCCAAUAAGCUGAAUUUGUCAAGUUCAUUCGUCCAGCGGACCAAGCAGCGGGAAGGCCUGCGUACAUACAAGGUUCAGAAGGCUCCUAACCGCGUUGAAAGGCAAAACAUGGUGGGGAAGACGCGAGCCCGGAAGCUGUACACCGAAAUGCUGACGAAGCCGCAUUGCCUGGUAAUGGACGACGAAACCUACGUUAAAGCGGACUUUCGUCAGCUGCCGGGCCUGUUGUUCUUCUCCGCAGAGAACAAAUUCAGCGUUCCGGAGGAGAUUCGCAAGCAGAAACUAUCCAAGUUUGCCAAAAAGUACA